ACUUGCGACCAGCCUAGGGAGUACCUCACCUCUUGCCCAACAAUAAAAACACCAACUGAGAUCAUUACUUCUAUCAGUCAACUGAUCAGAAAAAGUAACUGAUCAGAAAUAAGAGCAUUUCCUGUGUCUCACUGACCAGGAAGAAUAAACAACAGUUUGCUGAUUGCAGCCUCAGUUGCUAAACUGACGGGGCGAGGCUUUCCCUCCAGCCUCUGAAUAAAAGAAGAGCAGCAAUGUCGAACCCCAGCAUCACCACAUCCAGAGCCCAGAGAGCAUCACAGAACUCUUCAGUGGGACAGAGAUGCUUUUCUCAGUCCUCCUCGUGCUGGGCUUCAGCCUGGUGCCCACUCACUCCAAACCUUCUGGUGAAACUCUUGGCAGUCCUUUUCUUCACCAAUGCUUCGAGGAGGCAAAGAAAAUAGUGGACGAUGCGUACAAAUACUCCAGAGAAGAGAGUCUCAGACGGGUUCGUAAGGAUGUGGUCCAACCGCACGAUGCUCUCCGCCUCCUGAAGCAGCCCCGCGGUGACACCCGCUCAGCUGUCCGCUCUGCAGACUACAUGGCACAAACCCUCCGUCUGGUCCACGACAAGGUGCACCGUGUGCACAAACGCUCUCUGAACGCCACAGAUUUGCUCUCUGCGCAAGACCUGGUGAAACUCGCACAGAUAACCGGGUGUGAGGCUCGAAUCAGAGCUCCAAACUGUGGCACCACACCAGACAUCAACAAGUAUCGAACGGCCACCAGUGUCUGCAACAACCUGAAAAAUCCUCGCCUCGGAGCCUCCAACACCCCCUUCACCCGCUGGCGGCCCGCCGAGUACGACGACAACAUCUCCCUACCAAAAGGAUGGGACAGAAACCGACGAUUCAACAACUUCGUCCUCCCGCUGGUGCGGCAGGUGUCCAACAACAUUUUGAGGACGGCAGACGCUGACGUGGUCAGCGACAGAGACUUCACUCACAUGGUGACCCUGUUCGGCCAGUGGAACGACCACGACCUCACCUUCACGCCCUUCUCGCCCAGCAUCCGCUCUUUCAGCAACGGGGUGAACUGCGACGAGAGCUGCGAGCGCACCGAGCCGUGCAUCCCCAUCCCGAUCCCCCCUGGCGACCCCCGCCUGCCCUCCCGCCCUGACAGCUGCAUCCCUGCCUUUAGAUCCGCCCCUGCUUGUGGAACGGGGUACUCCGCCUACAACUUUGGCGGGGAUCCCAACAGGAGAGAGCAGAUCAACGCCCUGACGGCCUUCCUGGAUCUGGGGCAGGUGUACGGCUCCGAGGCGCAGCUCGCGCUGAAUCUCCGUAACCUCACCAGCAACGGCGGCCUGCUCGCCGUUAACACCGAGUUCAGAGACAACGGCCGAGAGCUGCUGCCCUUCCACCCUCUGCAGGUGCAAAUGUGUGCAACGCGCAGAAGAGUCACGAACGACACAAACGCCAGAGAGGUGCCCUGUUUCAUAGCCGGUGAUGUGCGUGUGGCUGAGAACAUCGCCCUGACUUCCAUUCACACCCUGUUUGUACGUGAGCACAACCGUCUGGCUCGGGGCCUGAAGAGAAUAAACCCCCAGUGGGACAGUGAGACCCUCUACCAGGAGGCCCGCAAGAUCAUGGGAGCGUACACACAGGUAUUCGUGUUCAGGGACUACCUGCCGCACAUUGUCGGCGACGAAGCAAUGCGCCGGCAGCUCGGCCCGUACCCUGGCUACAACCCCGACGUGGACCCCAGCAUCGCCAACGUCUUCGCCACGGCGGCGUACCGCUUUGCUCACUUGGCAAUCCAGCCGGUUUUAUCCCGACUGGACGAGAACUACAGAGAGCACAGUCGCUUCCCGAGCGUGCCCCUGUUUAAGGCCUUCUUCACCCCCUGGAGGAUCAUCUUUGAGGGUGGAAUUGACCCUGUGUUGCGCGGCCUGGUCGGCCGUCCCGCUAAGCUGAACACCCAGGAUCACAUGAUGGUCGACGCUAUAAGGGACAGGUUGUUCCAGUUCGUCCAGCAUCUGGCUCUGGACCUGGCCUCCCUCAACAUGCAGCGCAGUCGUGAUCACGGCCUGCCUGGCUACAACGAGUGGCGCAAGUUCUGCGGUCUGUCCCAGCCUCGUAACCAGGCUGAGCUGGGUCGGGUUCUGAACAACAACAACCUGGCCAGCAGGCUGCUGCAGCUCUAUGGGACGCCUGACAACAUCGACGUGUGGCUCGGAGGAGUCGCAGAGCCGUUUGUAGGCGGCGGCCGUGUGGGGCCUCUGUUAGCCUGCCUCAUCGCCACCCAGUUCCAGAGGGUCCGCCAGGGUGACCGAUUGUGGUACCAGAACCCGGGUGUUUUUACCCCCAACCAGCGGGCUGCUCUUUCCUCUGCCACGUUGUCCAGAAUCAUCUGUGACAACACCGGCAUCACGACGAUUCCCCGAGACGCUUUCAGAGUCGUCUCAGCCACAAACCCGAUGGUUCAGUGCUCCAGUAUCCCUCAGAUGAGCCUGACCGCCUGGAGAGACAGACCCACCGCCUCGUAAAGCACCAGGGACCUGUCUGUGUCUGCACGUUAAAACAGUCAGGAAUAUUUUUUUUAUUUUAGCCAACAGAACAGACAAAAGCAUGAUCCAUGUGUAUCUUCUCGUUUUUACUGUAAGAUUUCUUUUUUUGCUUUAGCGGAAUGAAACAAGUCUGAUCUGUUACAGCGCGCAGUCCUUUAAACUUUAAAAACUUUCUGCCUUUGAAUAAAUAAUUUACCAGUUUUAAAGUGAAUAUUUUAAGCAUUGAUCAAAUGAAGAGUAAGAAUCAGAAGUUGUGCUUUGUUUGCUUUUUAAAACAUCACUUGUCACAGUCUUAUUUUGCAUCCAAUAAAGAAGUUUAACAUUA